AUAGGUUAUACGCCAAAUGACCCGGCUUUCCUUUACAAAUAUACGAUAGGGUUUAACAACGGAGCUAAUAUUUUUCGGGGCUUUGAUAGUCGACGGUUGUGUAUCGACCCGACGGUUUAGUAGUGUUGAUUUCAGCGGAUGAGAAGGCGAUCCAUGAGAAGUAUUAGUAGAAGACCUUCGCGUCAAAUACAUGCGUCAGAGGGAUGGUGUUGAUAAAGUGCCUGUAGAAAACUGGUGUCUAUAAACAAAAUCUGUUCGCAACGGAAACGGCCGAAGUUAAAGAUGAGGGACAAGCAAAGCCCAGGAGAUACUUACAACUAUAAGGAGCACGUCUAUGCGGACCCAGUCGCGCUUCGAAAAGAAAUCGAGAAAGACAAACAGGAAAAGGCAGACAAGCAAAAAAUCAAGAAGUACCAGAAGCCCAGCAGCCCUCCCCCUGUCCCUAGCGGGCCGAGGCAAGGAACUGGCAGAAACACCCUGUACGCGGAACUCGCUAAGAAGAGCAAUGUCCCCAAGUCCAGUGUCCGAGAUCUGGGCAGCCUGUUUGGGGGGACGUUGCCGCGGGCUGGCAGCGCCACAACGCCCGAGGAUUCGCCGCCGCCGCCCGUGCCUGAGGUCACGGAGUCGCGGAACAUACUCGACGAGAACAACUCAACACCAGGGAGCCCCAUCAAAACUUUACAGAGUGACACUGUUAUGAACAUACUCGGUGCAUGUGAUGAUGAAACCCCUGACAGCGAAUGGAUUUCGGCGCCCGUAGAGGGCGUAGCCGAACCAGAUUUGAAGGAGGGGCCGGUUGCGAAUUUGGCAGAAGGGCAAGUGACCGAAGACUCGAACACGGAACCGAACGGUUUGGAGGAUGAAUCGUUCGGAGCCCCGUCCCCAGAGCCGGGAGCAGAGGAGGCCGAGGUCGUCAUCGACGUGCGAAUCAACUCAGAGGCUGGGAUCGAGAUUGGCGCCGAAAUCCCGACAGCCGCCGAUGACGCGGACACUCCGAAUGACGACGACGGCGGGGUCCGGCUGAUCAAAAGCGUCAAACGCGACCCUUUCGCAGUGGACACCGGCGACACCGGUUCUGCAGCUGCCAACGCGUCCACAGAACCGGCCGGUAACUCACCGGCUCAGUCCAAACAGGAGCACGGCUCGGAGGCCGGGUCGGGCAGCAGUGGAUCCACCAAGAGAAAGAAGAAAGAUGUGGAGUCUGGAUUCCACCCCAAUAACCACCUUCGGCGUAACCUCAUCAUCAUCUCCCUCUUUCUGCUCAUUGUCUUGAUUCUGGUCUCGAUUGCUAUCGUGAUUCUCCUCAAUUACACUCAGCUUUUUAAGUAGUCCUAUCCAUAUAAGGAGCCGUUUUUGUGGAGUUCAUUCUUAGCAUAAUGUCAAAAGCUGCUUAACACAGACUAAGUUGGCUUGCGGCACAAUCAAGUAUAUAACCGGCCCAAAUAGACCUUUAUCAUGCUGCCACCAUUUAAGUCAUGUUCCCUAUAACAGAACUGAAUGAUGAUAUUUUUUUAUGUAAAAAGGAACCAGUCUAUUUUUCUUUCCAGCCUCGCUUUGGUUACGUUGAUUUAAAUGGAAACAAAAUCAAGAUGGCUGCAACAUGAUAAUGGGGUUAUGGCAUGUGGUUUGCACCUUGUGAGUCACUGGUUCCCUGCAUGUUUAUGCUGAGCAUGUUGUAUUUGCUAAGCGGGUGCAGUUGUCAAGUUUCUUUGGCGGUUCGGAGGGAUCUUUUAGGCUGGAUGAUCUGAAAGCCCCAAGUCCUGUUCUGAGAUGAGCCAUACCAUCUUGAACUUAAAGAAAUACCCAGACACAACUGAAUACGAAUUGACGCAUUAAAAAAAACAAUAUUGAGUACAAAGGAUAGGAAUGAUGUUUUGAGCAUGAGAUUAUGUGCAACCAAAACAAAAUUCAAGAAAAAUUAUGAAAUCUAUAAACACAUGUCUGGAAUCCACUCAAAACUAAACCAAAACCCCGGGAAGUUAUAACAUUUUCGGUGAAUUUAUUUUGCUGUAUUUAUUUUGAACCACCAUUCGCAAACUCACUGACUUCAUAAUGUACUGCUUUUAAUAACGGUUUUAUGAUCAAUGAGGUUUUAUGCACAAAUAACACGUCACUCGCAUGGUUUUAAUGAACAGAAUACAUUUAAUUAUUAACAAUUAUAGGAGUAUGAUCAUGCACAUGUAAUUGCAGCAACAAAACGUGUUCUUUUUUAUUUAUUUUUGUAAUUUCUUUUACAGUGUUGUGUAGUCGAAACCGUUACCAGUCCAUCAUGUCCUUUAAUUAGUAAUUCACAAGUCCAUGUCUGUAGUAAUGGGGUGAACAAUAAUAACAGACCUACCAUUUCAGUCGUGUUCCCUGUAGUGUAUCCAAUAACAGUACUGAAUUACAAUGUUUUGUGUGUGUGUG